CGGCUUCAAAGAGGACAGGAAGCCCAAGAAGAUACUCGGCGUUCUAGAUUGGAACGUUGAGGCGCAAGCUGCGUGCUCCCAUUGGUCGCCCUAGCAGGGCGUUUGGGGUUUGGCUUCGGCCGACGUUCCGUCGCUCCGGGGAGCGUCGGGUGCCCGCUGGAGACCGCGGCCCUGUAAGCUGCUGCAGGAGCGGACUCUCCGGCUCUCGUAUCCCCGGGUCCUCUUCCUGGUGCUGGGACAGGUUGAUGAUGGCGGACUAUGGCCACAAGCAGGGGAAGAGGCGUGAUGACAGCAGCUUGGGCAGUGUGUUGGAUUUCCUGUUGGCCAAUGCCAGGUUGGUCCUGGGCGUCAGCGGAGCAGCUGUGCUGGCAAUUGCAACGCUUGCUGUAAAGAGGCUCAUAGACCGGGCCACCAGCCCUCCGGAUGAUGAAGAUGACAUAAAAGCCAAGCAGAAGUCCCUCGAGGAAAGCUGGCAGGAGCUGGGCUUGAUCAAGGCGGUGCCCAAGGUGCGACGGGAAGACCUUGAAGAGCCACUGCUGUCUCCAGUCGUGGACGUGACUGCACAAGACCCCGAAAGCUGUGUCUUGCCCUCCGAGGUCCCUGUGGUGGAAUCGAGGACUCUGCUGUGCCUCACCUUUCAGGAGAAGCUUCUCUCUUACUACAGAGACCACGUCUCCGUCUCCGAGGCAGAAAAGGUUCUGGGGAAGCAGCUAGCAGAGGGCAUCUGCGCAGAGUUGCAGAACUUCCUGAAAAACAAGCAUCCUGAGCUGUCCUUUGGCAACGCGUUCCUUAGUGGCUACCUCUGCGAUGACCUCGUCAGUAAUGACCACCUUGAGGUUGCCUUUGUGCUUCCCUUGGUGCUGGAGUCCAACCUUUGGCACCUGAUCCCAGGCGAACAAACAGUUAUGAACAACCCUUGGUUUGGGAUGAUCAAACGGACUGGUCUGGAGUAUUUCCCCCGUGGAAACAGCCCCUGGGACAAGUUUAUGGUGGGUGGGUACCUCUCAUCCAACACCAUCAACGAUACCCUCCAUAAGAUACUGGUGGCCUCUCUUAACUGGCCGGUCAUUGGCAGCAUGCUGGAAUGCAUCAUCAGGCCUGUGAUAGCUCCCAAGGAGCUGAAGUUGGAGAUCAGGCAUGACCAGAUCCAUCUGGACAUAAACCUCUGCCCAAUGAUCGAAGUGGGGGAUAAAAUCCUUCUCGCCGCAUCCUUUGAAGAACCUGUGGAGAACCUCUGGCAGCAGAGCUUUUACACAGCGGAGAUCUCCAAGCUUAAAGACUGGGAUGGCAGGGAUUCUGGCGUCCGGCAUUGCUGUCUCAACAUCUUGAAAGUCAUCUUUGAAAACCAUCCCUUUUGGAGCAAGCUGACCAGUACCCACUUGACUCAUGUCAUCCUGCAUCUGAGCAAAACUGAAGCCGAUUGGUCAGAGGCAGCACUGGGCGAUAGGUGCCAGCAAGUGCUGGAGGAGCUGGUCCAGUACCUAGAGAAAGGUUUCCUUCCUUGCUUUUUCGACAGCAGGAUCAACCUUCUCGGCAACCUGGUCUUGGAGGAAAUUGAAGAAAUCGGCUACACGUUGUACGAGGCUUUAGCAGAACCAGAUCUUGCAACUGGAUUGUGUUUAUGAAUGGACGACUCUGUGGCAAUAACUGCACUACUCUCCUUUGGGGUUCAAAUGGCUUGGGAGACGUUCUGCCAUGGGUCCCUCCAUUGCAAUUCUUUGCACCUAACGGAAUGAAAGUAUUAAUUCUUCAAGUAAAACAGGGCCUGGAUUGAAAGAUGGGAAUCCUCCUCUCCCCUCUCUGUCCUAGAUAUUUCUGAAAUGUAGAGCCUAUGCUGUCAUUUCCAGUGGUUGUAUCCCAUGAUACUCUAUAGGAAUGCUGGACUAGAGUGCUGGGGCCAGGAUUUCACAGGAAAAACCACACCACCACCAGCUGGAUUGCGAGUGUGUGGUGUGGCUCUUCCCAUAGGUCUCUGCCCCCCUCCUGUCUGGCUUAUCCAUCGCUGUGUAACUGAAGCAGUGUGACGUGAACCUGUAGGGGAGCAGUAACCUAGCAGCCCACCAAAUGUAAGGCUCAGACCUUACCCUGUAUCUGUAAUUUGUAGCUGUAAGGGGCGCAUCUGCUUUAUGGCACAACUUGGAAGUUCUGGAAAAGAUAUCUGGGGUGGGUAGAUACUUUAAGGAGGCCUUUGCUGAAUUGGUGUGGGACCCACCGUUGGUGCUAAAGCAGCAACCUCUCCAUGGUGCACCCAGCAGGCUACCACAACGGCAGCACCUGUGCUUUUUAGGCCUUUGGGUGCUCAGAAUGAACACGCCCGAGACCUAAGGAACAAGCCCUGCUAUCCAACGGUAAAGACGAUCUACAGAUGAGUGUGGCUCUGUUCCUUUGGUGCAGUGCUGCCUCAAGCCAUCCUUGUAGUUUGCAGUAUCAUAGCAGGUGGCUAAAAAACAAUGAAUCUAGGUAUUCUGCUUCAGAUGGCCUUUCCUGAUCAGAGCACACCCCAUAACUGGCAUAGUACGGCUCUCUUUUCUACCUCAUAGAUGCAAAAUUGCAGUUCCCCUUGCCUGUCAGAUAUACUUGUUCCCGGCACCCAGAAUUUAACCAAGUGCCAAAGGUGAGGGGGUAGGGGGGCAGUGAUGAAUCUCUAGAUCAGGAGUGGAGAACCUUUGGCCCUCCAGAUGUUGAACUACAACUCCCAUCAGCUCUAGCAAGCAUGGCCAAUGGCCAGGAAUGAUGGAAGUUGUAAUUCAGCAACAUCUAGAGGGCCAAGGGUUCCCCACACCUGCCCUAGAUCUUGGGUGUUCUUAGAAACUUUCCACCUAGGUAAACAGGAAGGUUUGAUAGUCUCGGUCAUUAACUGUUCAUUUAUCAAGGUCUGGCUUGCCAAUUUAAAGCCAACUUAGUUCUCCUAAUGAGGUUAACCUGUAUUGAAAUCAACAGUUUCUAAUUGUAGGAGGAGUACUUCCUAAGUCUCACAUGUCUCGCUUUAGUUAUGUACCUGAUGGUAUGUAAAGAGAUGUCAUUUCCCGAGAUGUACAACUACCCUAUAGUGAUGGUUUUAGACACAAGAGCUUAUAUGCUUUGGGUUUUCUGCCCAAGUCAGAUUUAGUGAGCCUCUCCACAAGGAUGUGUGUCCAUUCCUUGUGCAGCGCUUGCUGCAAGCCGUUGCAAUAUUUUAAAGAACACGUACAUCUGCUGUAGGAUGCAAAGGGAAAGUACCCAACUACUUGUUGGCUGUAACUGGAAAUGCGAGCAGCUCACUGCCUUUCUCUCAAGAGAUUGAAACUUUUAAGGACUGUAUUUCUCUAGAGAUGCCUGUAGUUGACUGCUUUUUUAAAAAAAACUUCCUCUCACAUAGAAAAUAAGAAAGUGUUGCAAGAAGCCAUAUACUGAGAGUGCUAUUCCAUUCCCCUCCUUCUACUCUUAACCAGAACUCAUGAUCCUGAGCAGUUGAUUGGUACAGCAAAGGUCUAAAUCGGGUAGAGAGGCUGUGGUCCUCCACACAUUAUUGGACUCUGGCUCCCCUUAUCCCUGACCAUGGGCCAUGCUUGCUGGUGCUGAUGGGAGUUUGGAGGGGCAAAGGUUCCCCAUCUCUGGUCUAAAUGUGCAGAGUGAUUUUUCACAAGCAAAACAUGUUCUGUGGUGGGUUUUUCCUUUUAUAAUUUUCCUGUGAUUUGAGUUUUCAUGUGAAACUUCAGCCAGUCUGGCUAGAGUAAUUCACUAAUGAAAGAAACACUGCUUUUAAAAGUACACAUAUGAUGUUAAUAUUUAUCUGAAGAGCAAAAGGGCUUGACGUGAUUUCACAAAUGAAACAAACAUGGAAUAAUUAUGGGGAAAACGUAUCAUGUGGUGAGCUUUACGAUACACAAACUCAUGCUUGGAUUCUAUACCAAAGGCAGCUGAUAAAAGGAACGUUGCCAAAAUCUUGCUAAUCUGGUCAUAAAAGAUGAAUUGCUUUUACAGUAAGGAAGGACCUUGCAAAAUGUGAAUGAUAACUGAAUGCUAUUUUUAAGCAAUGUUUGAAAAGCUGGUUUAUGCAUACUUGGGGGGGGGGAAUCUUUGAAACUUAUGCAUGCUGUAUACCUCUUUCCCCUUUUGGAUGAAGAGGCAAGGGAGCAGUAGAAAAUGGUAUGCUUGUUUUUUGAGACUACUGUAGGCAAGGGGAAGAAACAUUUUCCAGAUACUACAGGGAAAAAUUAAGGUAAAAGGUAGAAGAACCCAAAAGGUAUGUGUAUCCGAAUUCAAACUACAUGUUCAGCUUGAUUCAACCUUCUAUUUGGAGCUUUGCAGAAGUGUUUUGACUAUGCCUUUCAAGAGGAAAAAUAAAAGAUUUCUGCCAA